AUGAAGCUACCAUUUUUGUUUUGUAUCAUCAUCAUCGGUAACGUUAUACAUUGCACUCCAGAACCGGAAGCGAUAGCGCUGAUCGGCAGGAUCCGCGGCUCCGUUUUAACAUCAAGAAGAUUUAUACCUUCCUUUCGGUGUGAAAUACGCCGAGCCACCCACAGGAGAACGACGUUUUCAGAUCCUACCUCGUGGACAUUUGUCAAACUUAUCGUCAGCCUUCAACCGUGCAAACAAAGGCGACUCUCCGCGUGUUUCCUUUUACGCGAGUAUUUAUGGGACACCGGUGGGAAUAAUUCUUAUAAUCUUCUCACGAUUCAGGUUGCUGUUUCAGCGGCAGAUUGGAAAGAUGAGUUUUUAACGCAAAAGCAAAGAUCCUUCAUGUCCAAAUCUAGGUGGUUCCGAACGAACCGAUUUCCAAAGACUGCUUGCGUUUGA